AUGCCUCCUCCAACCGAUAACCUCGAGGUAGAGCUCAUCCGCCGGUCCUGGGCGGAGAUCAGCUCGCGGACCCGCUCCCAUUUCUCCCCCGACUACUGGGACAGCCCUUCACUCCGGCGAGCCAUUACGGACUGCAGGCAACUGACCCAGACCGGACACUUUGUGCCCACCGCCGACGAGACGGCGGAGAUGUGGGCGAGCAUCCUGGCGCACUCCUUCCGGGUCUUCUCCGGCUGCCAGCACCCCGAGAACCACGAGCCCGUCCGCCUCGUCCUCCAUCGGCGGCGGUAUCGCGAGACCCCAUUGCCUCUAGCAGGCGGAGGAGCCGGCGGCGACGCAGACCCACCACCGCCGCGCGAACACGUGCUACUCAGCCUCGAGCAUCAACGUGCGCCAGCAGCCAGCAGCACCAACAGCAACGGCGGCACCGUCAUCAUCAGCGGGGCGAGAACAUGCGUGCAUGUCUUAUGCAUGGAUGUGCACGGGCCGGGCGACCAGGUCACCAGAGCGGAGGCCCGCGGGCUGGGGGAUCGGUACUUGACCCCCGAGCAGCAGGGCCGGACGCUGGGGUUCUUCGUCGCCAAGGGCCACAUGGUCGGAGGGUACUCGUGGGCGCCAGCGCCUCCGUACGAAUUCCGGCAGUUUCUGUGGCCGGGAGACGAGGACGCGAAUUACUGUCUAUAUGAGGAUUGCACCCAGGUGGAGGACCUUUUGCGACGUAUGCGCAGGGUGAUGCACCGGAUCCCCAACCCCGAAGAGGAUAUGGAACCCUGGACUAUGAAUGAUGACUGCUGGCUCUGA